CACAUCCACACUUCCCUUGAGGGCAUAUCUCUUUUAAGGGAACUUUUUAAGGAAAAAAUCGAAAAGCAAUCGAGACACUAUGUAACCGUGAAAGAUCAUCAAAAUGCCUAGCGUAAAGAAGAGGGUUAUGUCAUGCUCGACUUGUCGGCGCUUGAAGACAAGAUGUGAAGUCAAGCCGGGAGCGAGAAUAUGCACUCGCUGCGAAACUCUGCGAUUGCCUUGCGCGCUGCCCGUAUUACCUGUGGAUCCGGUAGGCGAAAAUAGUGAGAGAACUCAAGAGAGAAAUUCUGAACAUUGCAAUUGUGAUCAGCGACUAGCAUCUAUUGAAUCGUCUUUGGAUGAAAUCAAGCAACAUUUACGGAUGCAACAGCCCGGUCUGACAGUCCGGCAGCCCCCAUCUAGUCAGUGGUCACCGCAAGCUUCGAACAAUGAUUCCACUUGUAAGGAAUCAACUAGUCCCGCAGUCACAGAUAACAACAUAUGGGCGCCAUUGUCCAUGCCCAAAGAUGCUGAGCAAGAAAGAGUUUCCAUCGGCAUAUCUCAUAGCAAUCAGCUUGCGCCAAUAAAGGUUAUUAGAAGGCUGAAUAAGAUGAUCACGGGAGACCACCCGACGUUUCCUCAGCAAAAUAUUAUCGAAGAACUUUGGGCCAUAGGUAUAGAUCCUGACGGGUUAGGAACUUUGCUAUUCAAAGGCUUCGAACGGAUGACAGCAACUUUGCCGUUUAUCAGCUUGGACCUUGCAGAUAUUAAGGAAAAUCACCAACUUCUCUUCGCCACGUGCCUAUUGGCAGGCUUCCAGACCAUACCGUCUUUGCUCCACUCCCAGCUACAUAUUUCCUUGAAUACAUUAGUCAGGGAUCAGCUCUCGAAAGUAGUCCUAAAUACUCCGAUUGACAUUCCGACGUUGAAUAUCAUGUUGAUAUUGAGCGCUUGGAAUCUCGGCUUGGAAUUCCGAGGACAGUACAUUGAUAGUUGGCUUAUGACAGGAUCAGUCAUUUUGCAUCUAAUCAUUACUUGUAACAUCGACAAACUGAGCGCCGCCUCGGAUCCUCAUGGUACCAGCCAAAGCGAGGAGCUGCGGGCCUGGAUCGCGGCUUGCUUGUUACAUCUCAAAUUUGCCAUUGGAACAGGCCGACCACUGGCAGCGGAACGGACCAGCAUGGAACAACUUCUUAUCAUUUCCGAGCGACUUCCAUCAACAGACCCUAUGAACAGCUUACUUCUUGAGCUGAAGCUCUACCUCAAGCUCCACGAAUGCGUAAUUCUCCAGACGAUCCCAACCCAGGAAACUUGGGACGCCAUACAAAGCUGGUGCGAGCCCUUCGUGAAAAACCCCAACACAAACAACCAAACCCUCCAAGUAGCCUACCUCUCUAUCACCCUCAUCCUCGCGCGGUGGGAACUCUCGCAACUAUCCGAGCCCCAUGAGUCCGUCGAUCCGGAGUCGCAUUCCGCUACGCAGCAGCGCACGACAGCGCUGAUCGACCUCUCCCUCACCCGCUCCCAGGACCUGCUCAACAUUCUAUCGAAUCUCUAUGUAUCAACAUGCCAGGCAAAACUCGUCUUCGACUUCCUCCUCGGCGCAUACGCCGCCGUGACAAUCGUCGAAUACUCUCAUCAUCUCACCUCCACGCAAGCCACGUUUUCCCUAAUGGAUCGAAUCAUCGAGCGGGAGCGACUGCAGUUCAGGACUAUAGAGCCGGUGUUGCAGUGGGCGACGGACGUCAUGAGGAAGAAAGCGAUGGACGAAGUGCAGAGUGCGCAAGGGCAAGAGCAGGAUAUGACGGGGAUGGAGGUGGUGUAUGGGCAGCAGGGUGGCGGCGCGCAGCAGAUGAGCUGGGUUCCGGGGGUGCUGGUUGAGAGUAUGUUUUCUUUUGAAGAGGAGGGUUUGGGGACGAAUAUGGGUGGCGGGACAAUGUAAUCGUACAAUGGUGGAGUUAUCAAAGGCACGGAAAUGGUAGGAUAUUAUUCUUUCAAAGUUGUACAUGACAGUAUAUGGGUAUAAUCGGGAAUGUUUGCUAGACGUAACUAAGAAGAUCCCUUGCU